AAAUGACAUCAUCAUACUCGCAGUAGACCGGAAGUACCUGAUUGGUGUGACGGUUGAGCUGUGCGGAGAAGUGUACGGCCGAGUUAUUGUCAUGAAUACCCGUGGCCUGAGAUCCCAGCUGAAGGACACCGUCGCCGUGACGGGUCUCUGCCCGCAGGCUGGAGCGUAUGGAGUGCAGGACACCCUUCGCAAGGGCUUCACCAGCGUGAAGAAUGAGCUGCUGCCGAGUCACCCACUGGAGCUGUCUGAGAAGAACUUCCAGCUUAACCAGGACAAGAUGAACUUUGCCACACUGAGGAACAUCCAGGGACUGCAUGCGCCGCUCAAGCUGCAGAUGGAGUACCGGGCUGCGCGGCAGAUCCAGAGGCUGCCCUUCCUGCAAAGCUCCAACAUCGCCUUGGAUACACUCAGGGGCAGCGAUGAAUACAUCGGCUUUGAGGACAUACUUAAUGAUCCAGCGCAGAGUGAGGUGAUGGGGGAGCCCCACAUCAUGGUGGAGUACAAGCAGGGAGUGCUUUGAGUUCAUAUGCAUGUAAACUGUGUGCUUUGUUUCUCUGCCUCUAUACAGUACAUCCUCUGUUUGCUUUGGGUUCUGUGACAGAUUUGGUUAUGUUGUGUGUUUGUAAUAAAAGUGAAAAUCCCCUGUUUA